UAUACAAAGCACGCUAUAACAUAAGCCAAGGCCAUGCCGUCCAUAAUUUCUCUUUCAACAUCAACUAGAUAGGCCUAUUAUAUAUAUAUUUAUACAAAUUAAUAUAAUAAAAAGUUGAUAAUACGUGCUACCAAACCGCCCGAUAUAACUAAACAAAAAACCCAAUCCAAUUGUAUAUAUAUCCAUGUUUUUUUUUUAUAUCGAUCUGCUAAUUAUAAUAGAUAAUGGAGGGUCUGAUACCACUUGUUUAUAGGGCGAUCAAGAAGAACAGAACACGAAGACAAUACGAGUAUUUGUCUUCUGGAAAUAGUAGUAAUCAUGUCCCAGUACAACAGGGUUACAACAUAGCUGAUUUUUACGUGACUGAUCAUCAUCAUCAUCAACCCCAAAUUAAUGAUGGGAUGAUGAUGAAAAGUGGUAAUAAUUAUCAUCACCGGCGCCAUAACUCGGUGGGGAGUGAACAGUUUCAUCAUGGGUUUGGAUCAUUAGGGGGAGAGGGAGACAGAGCUCCGAAGAGGAGUAGAUCAUCACUUGUGCGCUUUAAAAGUCACCGCAUGUUCACCUUCUCAUGUGUUACCGGCGCAGCCUAGCUAGCUUGCUACCUAAUAAUGAUGCCAGGGCUUAAUCUCUCCUUCUCCUUACAUGUUUCAUAUUUGGUCUCUUCUCAUUUUCUUUUCUAUGUAAUUUCAAAAUUAGGUGAGUUCUUAUUAAUAUAGCUUUGUCAAUUAAUUAACUAGCUAGAUGUCGAAAACAAGAAAGAAAUCUCGGCAUCUAUAUCUAUAUAUAUAUAUAGAUAUAUAUUGUUUUUUUUUAGUAGUGGUAGUAGUGUGUGUUGUACAGAAUUAACCAAACAAUGAAAUUGGUUAAACCAACCCAAUCAAACUUUUAAUUUCGAUUUCGGCCAACAAAAUAAUUGUAUGGCCUUUCAAGCUUCUUA